GUUUCGGUAUACAGUACUGCAUGCACGACCAUGUAUUAUUAAUUCCUCACAUGCCCCUCUUCCCUUCAUCAUUAAUCUCUCCCACUUCUAUUUAUAUCCACUGUUAGUCUACCAAAGCCUUCAAGUUGUUAACUAUUGAUGGCAUCUGCAAGGACCUAUUCUUUUAGCCUCAGGGUGUUUGUUAUAGUCCUUUUUCUCUUAUCUCUCACAUUAUCACUUUCCAUAUCAGUUGAUGAUGAAUCAAGUGUGGGAGAAAACAAGAAAAUUUUAGGAUCAAGGCCACCUGGGUGUGUGAACAAGUGUGUGAAUUGCAGACCAUGUGAGGCUACUUUGGUUAUUCCUCCACAUUCUAAAUUCAUUGAUUCUUCUCAUUGGGAAGAUAAUUACUAUCUCCUUUCGUGGAAAUGUGUGGUGAUGCCUCCGGCUGAUGUGGUGGUGGUAGGAGGUUCGGUGGUGGCAAUGGGUAGUCUCUGA